AUGGCAAAGCAAUUAUAUGAGACUUUUGCCGGUAGCAAAGUCACUGAAAGCAUGCUUGUUGAAGCCGCAACACUGUUCAAUGAGAACUACGGAACAUGGGGAGACAAUUGCCCCAACAAGGGUGCGAGCGAUGACCUUUUUUUUUCCUGCUCCCUCCUAUUUGUUCCCUUCUUGCUUUCUCCAAUUUCUGAUGCUUCUUCAGGACGCCCUGUUCGACUAAGUACACGUCGACUCCGAGAACAAUACCUUCCCGAUGCUGCUCAAAGCAUCUACACUAGAGUCACUGUGGAUGGGGUUCUUGCUGGCAACGCGUUUGCCUGUCGCUGGGAACACGGCAGCAAGGCCGUGUGCUGGGUCACCCAGCUUGUGGUCAGCAAAGACUAUCGCGAGCGUGGCCUAGCAACUGGUCUCUUGAGAGUCCUGAGGGCAGAUAACUGCCAUGACAUAUACGGCAUCAUGAGCUCUCAUCCGGCUGCAUGUCUUGCGGCGGCAAAGGCCUUUUCCACGACUGUCGAAAAAGUGUCUCUUGACUUCAUCAGCAAGAACGCACACGGAGUGAUGAGAGAGUCCCCAAUACCAUACAUCCGGGAUGCACAGCUGUGCGGAACAAUAUUUGACGACAAUGAUUCGACUGGUCUCGUUUCAGGUGUCAACACCGAAUUCUUUGUUGACCACGAGAAACCAAUGCAAGCAUUGAAGAUUAUCAGGGAAAGCCUACAGUGGCCCUUGGGCGAACUCCCAGAUGGUCACGACAGCUUUGGUGUGCUGUGCUGCGCUCCCCAGCUGGUAAUCAACCCCGCGAAGCCGCCACCCCCACGUGCAGCAUCCUUUCAAAAAGACCCCGAUGCAGGCGUUGCCCCCUUUCCUUACCCCAACUCAAUCGAAAUUGCGCAUUAUGCGGCUACUGAAUACAAAUGGGGCAAUGAAGAGGUGACGCUACAAGAUUUGGAGAGCGGCCAAAUAGCUGAAAAGGUUGGGUUUGAAAAAGUGUUGCGCUUUUGCUACAGGGCGAAACAUGAUGGGUUCCCCUAUGCGUGGAUAGAUACUUGCUGUAUCGACAAGGCAAGCAGCGCAGAGCUCUCCGAGGCUAUCAACUCAAUGUACCAAUGGUACUUUGACGCGGACCGGUGCUACGCGUACCUCGCCGAUGUGCCGUCACUGAAGGCUACAUUCCAAGAGAGCGAAUGGUUUGAGAGAGGCUUUACCCUACAGGAGCUGCUGGCUCCAGCAGAAGUGUAUUUUCUUGAUGACCAAUGGAACGACAUCGGGACGAAGACGAGUUUGCGCAAUGCAGUGUCGCUCCGCACAGGCAUCCCUUCUGACAUUCUCUCUGGAAUUGCUGACAUCGACACUGCUAGCAUAGCGCAACGAAUGUCAUGGGCAGCGAGCAGAAAGACGAGCAGACUGGAGGACCGGGCGUAUUGCCUGAUGGGAAUAUUCGGCGUCAACAUGCCUCUAAUCUACGGAGAAGGUGAACGAGCAUUUACAAGACUUCAAGAGGAAAUUAUGAAGAUAUCGGAUGACCAGUCAAUUUUCGCGUGGGAGUCCUCUGAUACUCGUACUGGAUUGCUGGCCACCUCGCCUGCCGCCUUCGCCCGGUCCAAGAACAUUGUUCCACUGAAAAGGCCUGACGCUCCCUUGUCGCAGUUGACUGUAACUAGUCGAGGGAUUCACCUGGAUAUUCAAUUCAUCGCCACAAGCCCUCGGCGGGUUGGUCUUGCUGUUCUUCACUGCGUGGAAGAUGAUGGAACACCGAAACAAAUAGGAAUUUAUGUGAAAGACUCGUUUUGGACAAUGCAAAGCUUCGAACGAGUUUUGAGUCAGUCACUAGAGAGAAUCCGUCCAGGAACGCUGGACUCGCCAGGCAUAGAGGAUCGUGUUUCACAAAGGAGAAUAUGCGUCCAGACGAAGCGCAUCUCAUUAACGCGGAACCUUGGAGCAGACAGGCAAGCGAAUGACAUACACGACCACAAAGAAUGCUCUGGGCUAGCACUGCCCCAGAAAUACUCCAUGAUAGCAGCACUGUACAAUGCAGUCGCUGAGGGGGAAAACGGCGCUGUAUGGCUGUUACUAUCACGAAGAAGUAUUGACGUCAACUCCCUUGAUGCUCUCGGGCGAACACCACUGCGAAUGGCAGUUGAACUAGGACACGAGACAAUAGUCACGAUGCUACUUCAAAGGGAUGACAUAAAUAUCAGACACGAACUCCAACAGAACCUUUUGUCUGUGGCUGUCUCAGCAGGCCACGAGGGUGUCGCCAAAUUGUUAUUGGAGCACGGCGUGGAAGUCGAUGUAGAAGACGCGGCCGGAAGGACGCCGCUCUGGAUAGCUGCGCAGACUGGACGACGGGAGCUGGCUCUGAGGCUACUCAAUAGAGGCGCGGAAAAGGACAGGCGGGACGGGCACCAGAGGACGCCGCUCUGGGCAGCCGCAGACAGUGGGCAGGGGGACACGGUCAACCUACUCCUGGAGUGCCAGGCAGCGAUAAAUUGCCGUGACAAGUUCGGUCAGACGGCACUGGCGGUGGCUUGUUCCAAGGGUCAUGUCGAUAUUGUCAUGGUGCUUCUGUUCUAUUCGGCCGACAUGAACUUGUUUGACAUUCGCGGGCGGACACCUUUGUGGACGGCCACCGCAAACGGCGACGAGACUGUUGUGCGUAUGCUGUUGCAGACGGGCAAGGCCAAACAAAAUACGGCAAGCGAUGGGUGGACGCCAGUUUGGCUUGCCGUUCGGUACGGCUAUGAGGAGCUCGUCAAGCUGCUCGUCAGCCACGGCGCCAACACCCAGAGCAUCUUUCCCCUCGACUAUGAGACGAGCAAAUAUCUGCUGUGGAAGGCUGUCAGGUGCGGCCACGCGGAAUCAGCGCGAUUGCUGCUGGACACGGGCAAGAUCAAUCCCGACACGAGAUCUGAUAAAAUGACGCCGCUGGCGCUGGCAGCCUCCAACAACGACCGGCGACUUGUCGAGCUGCUCCUGCACCACGGCGCCGACGUGCGCGCCAAGGACAGUCACGGCCGGACGCCGAUUUCGCGCGCCGCCGAUGCGGGACACGAUGAGCUUGUGAAGCUCAUGGAGGAAAGCCGUCCGACGGCAGGCGAUGGCAGAUUAAGGGCCCUUUUCCGGGCAGCGAGGGAUAAAGGUUGA